UACGCCGCUGCUGAACUUGCAGUAUCUUUACGUAUUUACUCGUUCCCGUCUUUACUGCCGCGAUACAUUUCGAUAUAGCCAGAACUGCCAUAAGAAUUAUAGUGCUUUGCUUUGAAUCCUUUUUAUAUAAGACUUGGACACUUAAAGUAAUUGAUAUAAGUACACACUGCAAUGGAUGUUGGCAGGCCGAAACAUUCGGAGUGGUCUAGGUUAGGCUUCGAAGUAAAAACAGAGUAUAAUGAAAGUGGGAAAAAGGUUAAUGUUGUAUAUUGUUUACAGUGCGAAAAUUGCCUUAAAAAUACAGCUGCUAGACGAUUGAAAUCACACAGGAAUGUGUGCAAACUUGACAUUAAUAAAUUGAAGAACUGUGUUAGCGAAUGCGUCGAUAACGAUGACAUUCAAAGUGAUCACGUAAAUCUUAAUGAAGAGUCGGAGAAACACCAUGGUGUAAAAAGGAAAGCGAGCACUAGAUUAAGUGACAUUGAUAUGAACGUCAUCAAUAAUUCUACUGAGAACGCAAAAGAAGACAAGAUUGAAAAGAACUCUAGCAAACCUAUUCGGAGGAUUGAUAAGAACAAGAUGGCCAAUUUUUUCGAUCAGAUAAAUGAUCAAGAACCCUGGUAAAA